AGGUUCCUACAGAACAGCCUGGCUUUCCUGGGCCGUCGGUGCUUCCUGGAGUUCCAUGGAAAAUGGGAGGCCUCCUGAUCCUGCAGACUGGGCUGUGAUGGACGUCGUGGAUUAUUUCCGAACAGCAGGAUUUGAGGAGCAAGCCAGUGUUUUUCAGGAACAGGAAAUUGAUGGAAAAUCCCUGCUUUUGAUGACGAGAAAUGACGUGUUGACAGGACUUCAGUUAAAAUUGGGGCCUGCUCUGAAAAUCUAUGAGUAUCAUGUAAAACCUCUUCAGACCAAGCAUUUAAAAAACAGCUCUUCAUAGUAAAAAUCACGUUGAGGACUCAGUCCUCAGAACAAAAUACACAAUGAUGUAAUUUAGUUUCAUGUUGUGAAACUUCAAAAACAGAAUACAUACAUGUGCAUAUGUAAAGAAUUUUAAUCCAAAAAAAGUGUUAUCCUAUUGGAUAGACUAAGGCAAUCCAUCAGCUGGCCUGACCCAGCCUGGAAGAGCAUAAACAGAGUGGACAUGAGAUGGUUGUCCUUGUUAAGCUGAGUCAUCAUUGACUUUUAGGUAGCCCCCACCUCAGGGGCUUUGAAAUUACAAGAACUUUCUUUAUUUCAUCAUAAUAGUUUUCCACUAACUCCUUAAUAAAGAGGGUAGAAGUGGAAUGAGUGUCUUUGGUUUAUAGAAUCAGAAAUGAGCACAAACAAAACCCUUUGGGGGAGGAAGAGAGGAGAGAGGGAUUGCUGUCUCUCCUGAGGCACUCUGUUCCUGGAUGUAUAUUCCUUGGAUGGAAUUGCCAACACCCUUUUUUUGUAGAGGGUGCUCCACUUGACCUUGUUAAGGUUUCACAGGGAUAUGCUGUGCUGUGUUUGAUUCGAACAUGAGCCAGGCCCCCUUAGGAACAGAACUCUCUCUGAGGAGAGAAACUUGUUUUGCACUGGAGAUAUCCAUUGUAAUCAACUUACUGUCAUGGGGGGCAAGACUAUUUCCUGCUUACAUUGGUUCCUUGUUGCUGAAGAAAGCAUUUUUUUGUUGUUGUUUGUUUUGUUGUUGCUUUAUGGUUUGUAUUUAUAUUAAUUUCUUGCUUAAGAGAUUUGCCAAGAGUUAAUAGAUCCCAAAGCUUUGUUAAUAGCACAGAAUAUUUUUCUAUAUAUGUAGUCCUCCAUAAUGCUGUAAUAUUUUUUAAUUGUCCUAUGUUGUGUUUGGUCCCAGGUUUGAGUACUUGUCUUUCAGAACUUGAAAAAGUGGGCUUGCUACAUCUCUGUUCAAAGAGACACUUAUUGAGUGAUGUACAUCCGUGCCUCAUUGAGUUGGUGCUUUGUAAUUGCAAUAAAACACCCCUUCAUUUCGCCAAGCAAAAGAAACCCUAGGAAGAAG